CCACGCUGGCAUUGAGAAAAGCUCUGUUGGUAACAUUGUAGCGCAUAGCGUCAAACCAAGAACUGAAUUCUCAAAAGCUGCGACAGCACAACGGUUACAGGUAAAAGUUCGCAACACUGAACUGAAAAAUGCCUCAUGGUCCAGAGGAUCCUCGGAAAAAGUUUGUCCUGACGACUGCUGGAAACUUCUAUGGUGUAAAACCUUCAUCAUCCCUGGUUGACAACCAAGAGCUGAACAACUUCUUGGAUGAUGGAAAUGAAUUUAUUUUGUCCUUUACCAGAAAUAAUAAUGAGCUUCACUUGUCGAAUAAGAUUGAGGCUUCUGAGGGGAAUAGCAAAGAGAAGGUGUUGGUAUUCUUCAAACUGCAUCCCACUGUGAUCACAGAAGACAACCUUCACAGGAGCCUCUUGGUGUCCUCCAUGUUGGAAUCUCCCAUCACCACACUCUAUCAGGCUGUAAAGCAGGUUUUUGCACCUGUACUGCUUCAGGAUGAGCGCUGGCGCUCAGCUUUCGACCCUAAGCUCGCAAGUCUGCUAAAUGAGCUGGAAGCGGGCCUGGGCUCUGUGGUCCGCCAGUCUGGAGAUAAACCUUCUGCCACGAAGGGUCGCACAGAAGAUGAUGUUCUGGGAAUCCUAACCCCCAAUGAUGAGUUCCAAUUUUGGGCGAAUCUUUCUGAGUCUGCAGAGAAGAGCAGUUUGAGAGAAAGGGCAUCGUAUUUCACACAGCAGUUCAAAUCCAUACAAAAGGAAUACGUUGGUCUUGACAGCUUGUCCAUGUCGGAUGUCGUGGAUCUAGUGGAACAGAGCAAAGAUACUCUUGAUGAUGUUUGGAGACAGACAGAUUUCCAGCCCUAUCCAGAGCUGCGAAUGAUCCGGCUAAUGGACAUUAUUGGUGGAGCUUUAGGAAGGUAUGUCCAGAAGAAGCUGAGUGGUCUUAAAAUUUUUGAAGAGCCAUUUCUAUUGGUGAGAGAGAACCUCAGAACAGGGGUCUCCAUCUGUGAGCAGUGGGUGGUAGCCUGCGAGCAUUUGACUGGACAGGUGUGGAAAAGACAUGCUCCACACCCUUGGAAAGGAAAUAAGCACUGUCCACAAACCCUUCACUGCCUUGCAAAGCGGCUAAAUGAGGUGGUGACUGUCCGCAUGGUCCAUGAAAAGCUGCUGUGUUUGCUACCGGGAGGAAAGCAGCAGGCCCUGUCUGCUGACCGUGUGUUUGAACCGUUUUCUGGACUCAAUCCUGUACAUUACAAUCCCUACACUGAGCCUCUUUGGAGAGCAGCAGUGGUUCAGUUUGAGCGAGUAAUAGCUCCGUCGGAGCAGGAGGUUGCUUGCAGACUAAAGAGCCACAUCGCUGAUGUGCAGGACAACCCACAACAGCUUCUGCAGGUAUUUCAGAAACAUAAGGAGUUAAUCAGACGCCCAACAAUCAGCAAAGAGCUCCAGUCAGAGAGGGAGAAGCUGCUGGCCAAGCUCCUUGACUACAACAAGGGCCUGAAGAAUGAUUUUGAGAGCCGUUGCCAUGGAGGCCCUGGAGACAAGACUGGCCCGCUUGUUGGCAGGAAUCUCCCUGAGGUUGUCAACAAAAUUGUUUGGGUGCGACAUCUCUUACACAAGGUGGAAGACUCUGUCAGGAUAUCGGAGGCUCUGCUUUCAGACCUGUCUGGCUUCAAGAGUUUUAUGCGGUUCUGCGAUGAUCUUCUGGAAGUGUUGAGGGCGUAUGAACAAGAACAGUUUGAGGACUGGUCCAGAGAGAUACUUUUUGGAUUGGCUGACCCAAAAUUAGGGAUCAGCCUUCAAGCCAGUAAUCGGGUUAUGGAACUGGACCAUGUGGAUGGCAGGCUGAAGAUCCAGUACUCAGACAGGUUGGUCAGUCUGCUCAAGGAGGUCAGGCAGCUUUCAGCUCUGGGUUUCCCCAUUCCAGCCAAGAUACAGCAGGCAGCUAAUACAGCAGACAAAUUCUACAGGCAAGCCAUCGUCCUAAAACAGGUGGCCCAUUUCUACAACACAAUUGACCAACAAAUGAUUCCCUGUCAGAAGCCCAUGAUGCUCGGUCUUGCAUUGGGUUUUGAGCAGGUCAUAAAGAAUCAUCGUUCCCAGUCAAAGGAGUCGGGUAGUAAACUCCAGAUCACCUGGGAUAAUCCCAAAGAGUUGGAGGUAUACAUCAGCAACCUGCAGUCUGCUGCAGAGAAGCUUUCCACUGAGAACAGAAAGCUACGGAAAUGGCACACUGAUUUCAUCGACAAGGUGGUGAUGCUUAUGAAUGUGGACCUACUAAAACAUCAGCAGAGAUGGAAAGAUGGCCUCCAGGAACUCCGCACUGGCUUUGCCACUCUGGAGGCUCUGGGGUUCAGUUGGGAUGACAUGCAGGCUUGGCGUCAGCACUGGAACUAUCAGCUCUACAAGGCUCUUGAGCACCAGUAUCAGACUGGUCUGGAAGCUCUGAAUAAGAACUUGCCUGACAUACAUGUUGACCUCAUUUUCAAGCAGGGCCGUUUACAGUUUCGUCCGCCAUUCGAGGAGGUGCGAGCUCGAUAUUUCAGGGAGAUGAAGCGUUUCAUCUCAAUCCCAAACCAAUUCAAAGGAGUCAGCAUCCAGGGGGAGGAGCUUAUCUUCAACAUAAUGAUAGACAGAAACGCCUCUGGGUUCCUCACUAUUUUCAGCAAAGCUGAGGACCUCUUUAGCCGCCUGCAGGCCACACAAGAUAAGUUCAAGGAGUGGGUGGUGCUGGGCCAGGUAGAUUUAGAGAAGUUGGUUGAGACGCAUCUCACGUCGGUGCAGGACUGGGAGAGAAAUUUCAAGGCACUCAAGGCCAGAGGGAAAGAGUCAGAAUGCCUCCCCAGCCAGGAGAAGGUAGACUGUAUUACAGUCAACUGUGAUCCGGUGAAAGCCACCAUUGAUGACCUGAUCCAGAGAUUGUUUGACUUGCUGCUCUUAUCGCUUAAGAAAUCAAUACAAGGCCAUUCACAGGCCAUAGAGAGCUUUGUUUCAGAGUCAAUGGAAGCACUGGUCACACGACCUGAAAGCAUGGAGGAGAUCGGUGCAGCUUCUGGCAAAUACAACCAAAUCGUUGCUCGAAAGCCUGAAAUCUUCCCUCAGUUCCAGUUUGCUGAGGAGAAAAACUGCCUUCUGCGCGCUGUGGCUGGCGCAGGUCUGGACUCAUUAUCCUCUCUGAGGGCCAAGUGGGACAAACUGGAACUUGUCAUGGAGAGCCAUCAGCUAAUGAUCAAAGACCAGGUAGAGGUGAUGCGAAAUCAUGCAGCUGGUCGUAUCGGUGCCUACAGGGCAGAUUUGGAGCGCUUCAAAGCACGCUGGGACCAACUAAAACCUAAAGAUGAGAUGCUUGAGACUGGUGAUCAUGCCGCCCUGCUUGCUUGCCUUCAGACAAUCAGAGACAAACAGCAGGAGUUCCAGGAUAUGGAGGUUGUACGCAAUAAACUGCUUGAAGACUGCACAUAUUUUAAUCUGGAGCCUCCAGAUUUCUCCCUGGCAGAAGACACAAAAAGAGACAUGGAUGAGCACAGUCAGAUGUGGAGUCUGUAUGAGGAGUGGCAGCAAGGCUUCACAGAAAAGGCCCAGGAAGAUUGGAUCACAUUCAGGAGUAAAACAUAUGUGUUUGAGGAGUUUCUCUUUACAUGGCAAGACCGACUGAGAAAACUAGAAAAACCAACAGCCAUGUCUGUUAAACUCCAAGGAGAAGUGGACAAAUACAAGGUAUGGGAUCUGAAUAGCCGUGCUCAGGCAGAGGUGUCAAUCAGAGAAGCCCUAAGGGAGCUGGAUUUAUGGGGUGCUGCAGCCAUUUUCACUCUCACUGAGUACACAGACAGCAGUGGGCGCACACUAAGUCUCAUCAAGGACUGGAAGGAUAUAGUCAACCAGGUGGGAGAUAACCGCUGUUUGCUGCAGUCUUUGAAAGACUCACAGUACUAUGGCAACUUCCAGGACAAGAUCAGCCUGUGGGAGGUUCGCCUGUCAGACUUAGAUGAGUAUCUGCUCAACCUUAAUGCCAUUCAGAGGCGCUGGGUUUACCUAGAGCCUAUUUUUGGAAGAGGAGCGUUGCCUCGAGAGGAGGCCCGCUUCAAACGAGUGGAUGAAGAUUUCAGAUCUAUAAUGUCAGACAUCCAGAGGGACAACAGAGUUGUUUCUCUGAGCUCACGGGCUGGCAUCAGAAACUCCCUGGUCACAUUACUGGAUCAGCUGCAGCGCUGCCAGAAGUCACUGAAUGAGUUCUUGGAGGAGAAGCGUUCUGCUUUCCCACGAUUCUAUUUCAUUGGUGAUGAUGAUCUUUUAGAAAUUCUGGGACAGGCGACGAACCCGAGUGUCAUCCAGUCUCACCUGAAGAAACUCUUUGCAGGCAUCUACAGUGUGGUGUUUGACAAGCCAUGCCAGAACAUUGUUGCAAUGUGUUCUUUGGAGGGAGAAGUAGUCCAGCUAAGAAACGUUGUGCACAUCUCCAGUCUUGUUGAGGUUUGGUUAAGUGAGCUGUCCUUGGAAAUGAAGGAGACUCUGAAACAUCUGCUGAAUGAAUGUCUGUCUAUGGAGAGGAAAGGGGAAGUGGAUCCCUCACGCUUCCCUUCACAGAUCCUCUGCCUGGCUGAGCAAAUUCAGUUUACUGAAGAUGUGGAAAGAGCUAUAAAGGAGAAAAGUUUGCAUCAGCUGGAGUUGGAGCUUAACAGCAAAUUGGAGCACUACACCACAGUAGAAACCAGCUCAGAUGACCAUCCUAACACAGAGUCCAGUAUCCUGCAGCUGAAGCUGAAAGCGUUGAUCUUAGAUAUCAUUCACAACAUCAGCGUGGUGAAGCAGCUCAACCAGGCAGGCGUCGCCAGUACUGACGACUGGGCCUGGAAGAAACAGCUCCGCUUCUACAUGGGAACAGACAAAAGCUGCCGCAUACACAUGGUGGACGCACAGUUCAGCUACACCUACGAGUACCAGGGGAAUGCUGCUAAGUUGGUGCACACACCGCUGACUGAUAAAUGCUACCUGACUCUGACUCAGGCCAUGAAGAUGGGGCUCGGUGGGAACCCCUAUGGGCCCGCUGGCACAGGAAAGACUGAGUCUGUCAAAGCUCUGGGGGGACUCUUCGGACGCCAGGUGUUGGUGUUCAACUGUGACGAGGGCAUAGAUGUGAAGUCAAUGGGAAGAAUAUUUGUUGGGUUGGUAAAGUGUGGAGCGUGGGGCUGCUUUGACGAGUUCAACCGUUUAGAAGAAGCUGUGCUGUCUGCAGUUUCCAUGCAGAUUCAGGCCAUUCAAGACUCAUUGAAACACCACAAAAAAACCUGUGAGCUGCUGGGAAAGGAGGUGGAAUUGGACCCCAACUCUGGGAUUUUCAUCACUUUGAACCCAGCAGGGAAAGGCUAUGGGGGGAGGCAGAAGCUUCCAGACAACCUGAAGCAACUGUUCAGGCCUGUGGCCAUGAGUCGGCCAGACAAUGAGCUCAUUGCUGAAGUCAUCCUCUACUCAGAGGGCUUCAAAAAUGGAGAAGUACUGGGACGUAAGCUUGUCGCAAUCUUUAACCUGGCCAGGGAGUUGUUGACACCCCAGCAGCACUAUGACUGGGGUUUGCGAGCGCUGAAGACUGUGCUUAAAGCCUGUGGCAGUCUUCUGCAGCAACAGAGGAGAGGUCAUAACAAGGAGAGGAUUCAGGAGAGUAAUCUGGUGGUGCAGGCACUGAGACUGAACACCAUGUCCAAGCUGACAUUUGCAGACAGCUCUCGUUUUGACGCCCUGGUCAGAGAUGUCUUCUCUGGAGUUAAUUUCACUGAUGUGGAGGACCAGAUCCUGAUAGAUGCGUUAACACAAGUCUACACGGAGGCACAGCUGGAACUCAUACCCAGCCAGCUGAAGAAAGCAAUGGAGCUGAAUGAACAGCUGAGACAACGUAUGGGUGUUGUGAUUGUUGGGCCAAGCGGAGCUGGCAAGUCUACACUGUGGAGGAUGCUAAGAGCUGCUCUCAACAAGACUGGCAAAGUGGUGAAACGGUACACAAUGAAUCCUAAAGCCAUGCCCAGGCAGCAGCUCUUGGGACAUAUAGACAUGGACACCAGAGAAUGGUCUGAUGGUGUUCUCACCCACAGCGCCAGGACUGUGGUCAGAGAACCACAAGAUGUGAACUCCUGGAUAGUGUGUGAUGGAGACAUUGACCCGGAGUGGGUUGAAAGUCUAAACUCUGUCCUUGAUGAUAAUCGUUUGUUAACCAUGCCCAGUGGCGAGCGCAUCCAGUUUGGACCCAAUGUGAACUUCCUGUUUGAGACCCAUGACCUGAGCUGUGCCUCUCCAGCAACCAUAUCUCGCAUGGGCAUGAUCUUUCUCAGUGACGAGGACAUCGAUGUUGGUGCUUUGGUGAAGUCGUGGAUAAGGGGUCAGCCUGAGGAGUGUCGCAGUAACCUAGAAAACUGGCUGGGGGACUACUUCCAAAGAGCUCUAGACUGGGUUCUUAAACAGAAUGACUUUGUGGUGGAAACUAGUCUGGUGGGCACAGUAUUGAAUUCUUUGUCCCACCUCAAUGCUGUGUCUGAGAGAGGAGAGUUUAUUGUUGGUCUUCUAAGGGGCCUUGGAGGAAAUCUCAAUCUCAAGACACGACAUGAGCUUGCUAAAGAGUUGCUGAGCUGGGCAAGAGAAAGUCCACCAGAUGCCAGAAAACCACUUGAUACCUUCUAUAAUUCCGACAGUGGCCACCUAGCAGCUUAUACAUUUCAACGUCCUGAGGAGCUCACCUUGGAGCAUUUUUUUCACACACAUGUUCUGCCUGUAAUAGAGACUCCUGGCAUGCAGAGAGGUCUGCACGGUUUCUCCCCAUGGCUCACAGCUCGGCACAGGCAGCCCUUCAUGGUGGUGGGACCAGAGGGCUGCGGAAAGGGCAUGCUCCUGCGUUACGCCUUUGCUUCGCUGCGUUCCACACAAGUCGCCGUGGUUCACUGCAGCGCCCAGACCUCCUCUCGCCACGUCCUCCAGAAGCUCAGCCAGACAUGUCUGUUGCUCAGCUCAAACACGGGCCGGGUGUUCAGACCUAAGGACUGUGAGAACCUAGUCCUUUACUUAAAGAAUAUCAAUCUGCCCAAACCAGACAAAUGGGGAACCAGUAACCUUAUAGCCUUUCUGCAACAGGUUUUGACGUAUAAGGGGUUUUAUGAUGAAAAUCUGGAGUGGGUGAGCCUCGAGAAUAUUCAGGUGGUGGCCUCCAUGUCAACAGGAGGUACAGUCGGCACCCAUUCACUCACCUCCCGUUUCUCCUCAAUCGUACGCAUCUGCGCCAUAGACUAUCCAGACAGAGAGCAGCUGCAGACCAUCUACUCAGCUUACCUUCAACCAAUUCUCCAUCAUAGCCUGGGGAACCAAGCUGCCUGGGCCAGCACAGGAAAAACGCACCAGCUGGCAGGAUCUCUUGUGCAAGUCUAUGAACAGGUCAGAACAAAGUUUACAGUGGACGACCACAGUCACUACCUGUUCACACCUUGUGUCCUCACAGAAUGGGUUCUCAGUUUGCUGCGAUAUGAUCUUACUGCAGCUCAAUCUAAUUUAACAGACAGCAUCUUGGAAGUGGUUGCUUAUGAGGGCAGGAGGCUGUUCAGAGACCGGCUGGUUUCUUCUAAAGACAUUCACAACUUCGACAACAUUCUCUCCUCCAUCAUUCAGGGAGACUGGGGCUCUGCCGCUCUGGACAACAUGAGUGAUGGUUUCUACGUGACAUGGGGCUCCUCUGAGGGGCCUGUCAUGGCUCCAGGCCAGGCUCUGCCUCCUCACGGAAAACAGCUUGGUUGUCUGGGUUCUGCUGAUUUGAAACAGGUUAUACUGAAGGGAGUUACACUGUACAGUCGAGACAACAAGGAGCUCGACCUUCUACUGUUCUGGGAAGUGUGUGACUUUGUGUCCAGAGUGGAUCGGGUCCUGAGUCGACCUGGUGGCUCUCUGCUUCUGGCAGGAAGGAGCGGAGUGGGCCGGCACACCGCCACAUGCCUGGUGUCACACAUGCACGGAUACACGUUGUUCACACCUAAAAUCUCACGCGGAUAUACCCUUAAAAAUUUCAGCAACGAUCUUAAGAUGGUGAUGCAAAUAGCCGGCCUGGACGGUCAGCAGGUGGUUCUCCUGUUGGAGGAUUAUCAGUUUUUCCAUCCAGCUUUUUUAGAGAUGGUAAACAGCCUGCUGUCUUCAGGUGAGGUUCCAGGUCUGUAUACCCCAGAGGAACUGGAGCCUGUGCUUUCAUCACUCAAGGAUGCAGCGUCCCAGGAUGGCUUCACCAGACCACUCUACGACUACUUUUCCCACAGAAUUCAGCAGAACCUCCACAUUGUCUUGAUCAUGGACUGCUCCAAUUCUAACUUCACAAUCAACUGUGAAAGCAACCCAGCUUUCUACCGCAAGUGCUCCGUCCAGUGGAUGGAAGGAUGGUCGGAGAGCAGCAUGAAGAAGAUUCCUGAGUUGGUGCUGGCGAAAACAGAGGAAGGAGAUGAGAAUGAAAAAAAGAAGGCAACCAAAAGGAAAAGCUCAGCGGGGUCAGAACCAGGAGACCUGGGUCGUUUGUUCCUGAUGGUCCAUGAAUCAUGCAAGGAAAACGGUGCGACGCCAAGCCAGUACAUGGCCUUCCUGCACGUGUACACGACACUACACAGCCGGAAGCAAAACCAGCUUACGACGAGACAGCAGCAUCUACAGGCAGGUGUGUCCAAGCUGAACGAGGCCAAAGCAUUGGUUGAUGAUUUAAAGAGGCGGGCUGCCGAGCAGAGCGCGCUGCUGAAAACCAAACAACAGGAGGCAGAUGCUGCCCUGCAGGAAAUCACCUCCUCCAUGCAGAAUGCCAGUGACCAGAAGACAGAAAUGGAAAAAAUCAAAGAGAAAAUGGCUCAGGAAAUGUCCAAGAUUGAAGAGAGAAAAGCCAAAAUAGAUGAUGAGUUGAAGGAAGUUCAACCUUUGGUAGAUGAAGCCAAGCGUGCAGUUGGAAACAUCAAGCCUGAAGCUCUGUCUGAGAUCCGCUCUCUCCGCAUGCCCCCCGAUGUCAUCAGAGACAUCCUCGAGGGAGUGCUGAGACUUAUGGGCGUCUUUGACACCACCUGGGUCAGCAUGAAAAGCUUUCUGGCUAAGCGUGGUGUGAGGGAGGAUAUUGCUACGUUUGAUGCUCGAAACAUCACCCCAGAGAUCCGCCAGAGUGUGGAAGAGCUCCUCAACAGGAACAAGGCUUCUUUCGACCCUAAGAAUGCAAAGCGUGCGAGUGCAGCAGCUGCUCCUCUGGCCGCCUGGGUCAAAGCAAACGUCCAAUACUCCUUUGUACUGGAGAGAAUCGAGCCAUUGGAAAGAGAACAAGCUGGACUUCUGGAAAACCUUAAAAAAACUGAAAGUAGGAAGAAUAACCUAGAGGACCAGCUCAACAAUGUUGGAGCGAAAGUCAGCAAGUUGAAAGAGAAGUUUCAGCGUCACACUGCCGAGGCUGCAAAGCUGGAGGCUGAGGUGACUAAAGCUCAGGACACGAUCACUGCAGCCCAGCAGCUCAUAUCGCAGCUGGACGGAGAACACACACGUUGGAAUGCACAGAUGUCUGAGAUACAGAAUGAGUUGGACACACUUCCUCUCAGGGCUCUGCUUGCUGCAGCCUUCAUCACCUACCUGUCUGCCGCUUCUGAAGAUCGAAGGAGACACUGCCUGGAUACGUGGAUGGCUCAAUCUGGAUUACAAAAGUUUGACUUGCGAUCGUUCCUGUGCUCGGAGAGUGAACAGUUGAUAUGGAAGAGUCAAGGACUGCCAUCAGAUGACCUCUCCAUGGAGAAUGCACUGGUUAUUCUACAGAUUAAUACUCUCAAGUUACAGAGUGUUGCUUGUCCAUUCCUGAUUGACCCAUCGUCCAGAGCCACAGAGUGGUUACGCACACAUCUUAAGGAACAGAGGCUUGAGGUUAUUAACCAGCAGGACAGCAACUUCAUGACAUCAGUGGAGCUGGCAGUAAGAUUUGGUAAAACGCUUAUCAUCCAGGAGAUGGAUGGUGUUGAACCUGUGCUCUAUCCGCUCUUGAGGAAAGACCUCAUAGCUCAAGGUCCCAGGUACGUGGUUCAGAUUGGGGACAAAGUUAUUGAUUACAACGAGGACUUCCGUCUCUUCCUGGCAACGCGGAAUCCCAGUCCCAUCAUCCCCCCCGAUGCUGCUUCGGUGGUCACAGAGGUCAACUUCACCACGACCAGGGCAGGCCUGCGAGGACAGCUGCUAGCCUUGACCAUCCAGCAUGAGAAGCCAGAACUGGAGACUGAGAAAACGCGACUGCUGCAACAAGAAGAGGACAAGAAGAUACAGCUGGCACAACUGGAAGAAUCUUUGCUAGAGACUUUGGCUACAGCUCAAGGUAAUAUUCUUGAGAACAGGGAGCUGAUUGACAGCUUAAACCAAACCAAGGCAAGCAGUGCCCUCAUCCAGGAGUCACUGGUGGAAUCACACAGGCUCCAGGUGUCUUUGGACCAGGAGAGAGAUGCCUACCUGCCCUUUGCAGAGAGUGCCAGCAAGAUGUAUUUUGUUAUCACAGACCUGUCAAAGAUCAACAACAUGUACUGCUUCAGUCUUGCAUCCUUUUUGCGCCUCUUCCAAAGGGCUCUUCAGGCCAAGAAGGAGGACCUAAAUACCGAAGGCAGGAUUUCUGCCCUGGAGAACAACUUGAAGAUCAUGGUGUAUGAAUAUGUCUGCCGGUCACUUUUCAAGGCUGACCAACUGAUGUUUGCAAUGCAUUUUGUGAAAGGGAUGUACUCUGAACUCUUCCAGGAGAAUGAAUGGGAAGUUUUAAUCGGAUCCAUUGUUGGAGAAAUGUUUAAAAAAGAGGAAUUCCCUUCUUGGAUUGAUCAGGAGAGGCAUGGAGCAGUGGCCAUUUUGAAGGCUACUUUCCCAGCUCUGUAUCAGACUCUGUGUUUGAGUGACUCAGACCUUUGGGUGUCCUUCUUGCAAAGCUCACAGUGUGAACAGGAAAUCCCAUCUUCCAUCACCAGAAAGAUUAGUCUCUUCCAGCAGCUGCUGUUAAUUCAGGCAGUGAGACCUGACCGUCUUCAGAGUGCCAUGACAGCCUUUGCCUCUCAAGCUCUUGGUAUGAAAGAGCUUUCCCCUCCUCCUCUGAAUUUGCGACGUCUCUACACUGAGACAAUGGAGUGGGAGCCGGUGUUAAUCAUCAUCUCUCCAGGGGCAGACCCAUCCCAGGAGCUUGCAGAACUAGCAGCAGAAACUAUUGGCAGGGACAAUUACCAUGAGAUCUCCAUGGGUCAGGGACAGGCUGAUGUGGCCCUGGCCACACUUAGAGAAUGUUCUCGAAACGGAGACUGGCUUUGCUUGAAAAAUCUCCACCUCGUCACAGCCUGGCUGCCCCUUCUGGAGAAGGAACUAAAUGUCCUGCAUCCUAAAGCAAACUUCCGUCUUUGGCUGACAGCAGAAGUCCACCCAAGAUUUCCCCCAAUUUUACUGCAGUCCAGCCUUAAGAUCACUUAUGAGGCUCCACCGGGGUUGAAAAAGAAUCUGCUGAGAACAUAUGAGUCCUGGACUCCUGAGCAGAUCAGUAAAGGAGGCAAUCUGGCCAGAGCCCAGUCUCUGUUCUGUCUGGCUUGGUUCCAUGCUGUCUGUCAAGAGAGACGGAACUACAUCCCCCAGGGAUGGACAAAGUUCUAUGAGUUUUCCCUCUCUGACCUCCGUGCUGGCUUUGAGAUCAUCGACAGGCUCUUUGACGGUGGUAAAAUUUUCCAGUGGGAGUUUGUCCACGGCCUGUUGGAGAGCGCCAUCUACGGCGGACGAAUAGACAACCCCUCCGAUCUCCGCAUAUUGCGCUCUUACCUCGAGCAGUUCUUCUCUGCAAAACACCUUUCAUCCACCCACUCUGCUGGACAAAGGAGGAGUAAAGGGGUGGGACGCAUUUUUCCAUCUCAAAUCAGCCUCCCAAACUCCUGCUCCAUCAUGGAUUACCGCAGUGUGGUGGAGAAUCUCCCAGAGGAUGACAGACCUGCGUUCUUCGGUCUCCCUGCCAACAUAGAGCGAUCCUCACAGAGAAUCAUCAGCUCCCAGGUAAUUUCACAGUUGCGUGUGCUCAGCCGCUCAGUGGCAACAGGCUCCAAAUUUGAUCGGGAGCUGUGGUCAAAUGGACUUUCACCUGUUCUCAACUUAUGGAAGAAACUUAACCAGGGUUCUACUCUGAUCCAUCAGAAGGUUGAGCCACCUACAGAAGGUCAGAAGUCACCAAUCCUAUCGUUCAUUGCUCUGGAGCAGUUUAAUGCCAUCCGCCUGGUCCAGAGUAUUCACCAGUCUCUCGCUGCACUGAGUAAGGUCAUCAGAGGAACCCAACUGUUAACCCCUGAAGUUCAGAAACUGGCCACUGCCCUGCUAAAUCAAGAGUGUCCCAUAACAUGGCAGAAUAAAUGGGAAGGACCAGAGGAGCCUAUGCAGUACCUCAGAGCUGUUGUAGCACGGGCUCUAGCCACACAGAGUUGGGUUGAACGUGCGAGCAGACAGGCUCUCCUCUCUGACAUCCUUGAUUUAUCAGAGCUCUUCCACCCUGAUACCUUCCUGAACGCUCUGAGACAAGAAACGGCCAGAUCCAUAGGCUGUUCCAUGGAUAGUUUGGUGUUUGUCUCAUCAUGGAGGAGUCCAAUUGCUCAGGCCAAGCUACAAGUCAAGGUCGGUGGCCUCCAGUUGGAGGGGUGUCGUUUUGACGGGAUCCACUUAAGUGAGAACCAACACGAUUCCCCCAGUGUCUCGGCGGUCCCAGCAUGCUACAUGGCCUGGGCUCCACAGAUCUCUACAGCCGACUCCACUGACUCGGAGGAGAGCAUCUGGCUGCCGCUGUACACCAGCGCAGAGAGAGUGAAGGUGGUCACUCACAUCUCCCUGCCCUGCGGACCAAACCCCAACCAGUGGAUACAGACCGGAGCUGCUCUUUUUCUCAAACAACAGUGAAAGGGUGUCAUCAUCGUGACGAGGCCGAGCACAGAAAGAUAGAAAAGAAAAGAAAAAAAAAAAUGUCUUCAGUCUCCAGUUCUGGUUUUCAUUUUGUUGCUUGUGCUACAAGAAGUAUCCUAAGUUGGAAGACAAAACCUUUAACUUCACUGGUUGAUGUUGACAUCUUAAUACAAUAAAAGCAUUGUUAUUGUUCAGUUCUUAGGUUGCAGAUCAGUUUAUAUGUUAUUAGCUUAACUUGUGUUAGUUUAAUAUAAUUUGGUUCUGGACAUUCUACACAUUUCAUAAAUGAAGGAAUUCAUAUUUAUUCACCAGGAACACUUAGCCUAUGUUAUAUUCCAGAGAAAGGCUUUAAUUCUGAAUGUUUGCUUCAAAAUAUUUUUGUUACGUGAUUAUUUAUGGACCCUAUUUAUCAAAAAUAAACCUAUAAAAAAAACAUCA